AGAGCAAGGAGUGUGUAUGUGAGAGAAUGGUCACAAGCUGCAGACAAGAAUUUCCAAACUUGUCAACUGCAGAUGACAAAAGCAGUGUCCUCUCGAGAGAAUAAAUCAGACUCACGGGACACCACUGGAAGCUGAAGUUCAUUUGAGCAGGAGAGAAUUUCAACCAUGGAUCCUGCCUCCCUCUGGUCCUGCAUGGCCUUCAUUUUAUUGGCACAUGGCAUUUCGUCAAGUCCUAUACUGGACCUCAAAGAUCCUUUGGAAGAUGGGUUACCUUUGUUUGAUGAAGUCUUUUCAGAUCAGGAUGGAUAUGAUUUUAAUUCCUUGCGGGAGACCAUGAAAGACGACAUCCUGAGGACUCUCAACCUCUCUGGCAUCCCAGUUCAACCACCUGUAAAAGUGGAUCCUCCAGAAUACAUGUUGGAACUCUACAACAGGUUUGCAAAGGACAGAACAACCAUGCCUUCUGCAAACAUUGUACGAAGUUUCAAAAAUGAAGAUUUUUCAAUGCCCUACAGUGAUGCCAUGGGUGUAAGGAGGUACGCUCUGCUGUUCAAUGUGUCUAUUCCUCACCAUGAGGAGUUAGUCAUGGCUGAACUCAAGCUAUACAUGAUGGUUCCAAGGGAGAGGAUGAAGUUUGAAGGAGUAGGCAGGAAAGUCACGGUAUAUGAAAUAUACAGUGAAGGAGAGGAUACAAUAAGGGCUGUGGAGCUUGCGUCCAGACUUGUAUACAAAACCAGCAGCGAGUGGCAGAUGUUUGACAUCACAGAGGCAGUCCGUCGCUGGAGUAGGUCAGAAUUUGCUACUCACAGGCUAGAAGUGCAAGUGCAGAAUCCUGAUGUGGAUCUUGAAGGUUCUGGAGAAGGAAAUCUGGAUAUUGAAGUGAGGCCAGAAAGCAAGCAUGAACCGUUUCUUGUUGUCUUUUCUGAUGACCAGAGCAGUGACAAGAAGGAGGAGAAAGAAGAGCUGGAGGAAAUGAUUACCCAUGAAGAGGGACUGGAUCAGGAGAAUGGUGAAGACAUUGGCCUUGGCAACGGUCUAAGUGAAGAAUCAUUGCUUCAAAUGAGGUCCAACAUCAUCUAUGAUGCAAGCUCCCGAAUCCGGAGAAAUGCUAAAGGCAAUUACUGCAAAAAGACCCCCCUUUACAUUGACUUUGGUGAAAUUGGAUGGAAUUCAUGGAUUAUUGCACCCCAGGGUUACGAGGCAUAUGAAUGCCGGGGAGUGUGCUCCUACCCUUUAACUGAGCAUGUCACACCAACAAAGCACGCCAUUGUGCAAACAUUAGUCCACAUGAAGAAUGCUCAAAAAGCAUCCAAAGCCUGUUGUGUUGCCACUAAGUUGGACCCUAUCUCCAUACUUUACCUGGACGCAGGAGUGGUCACCUACAAAUUUAAAUAUGAGGGCAUGGUUGUGGCAGAGUGCGGAUGCAGAUAGUAACAGCUGCAAGGGUCUUGUGGGUCUUGUUGUAAAUUUGUACAUUUUGUAUUUCCUUAUUUAAAUAGUUUAUUUAAGAAUGUGUGUACAGAUAAUAUAUGUCUUUAAAAGUGUUGGAAAUUGGGCCACAUUGACCUAUAGGUGCAUAUUAAUAUGCAGCCUUGGCUAGACUAAAUUAUAUGCUGUAAUGUAUAUUGAAGCAUUGCAGUGCGCAGUUCUACUCUCAUUUGUUCACUGCUGGCUUCUUCAACUCUAACCAUAUUGAACUUAAAUAAGGAGAAAAAGGGCACUGAUCAGCCAGGCUGAUAUAUGUAUUUACAGGCAAUGAUUUGCUUUUGGAACUUGACAGAGGUAAAAGAUAGCCAAGGUAUAAAGGUUUUUUAGGUGUAGAAUAACUGAUUGAUAUGUUCUGGUUUGUCUGUGUUCUUUAUAAACAAUGCAGGCAACCAUAACGCAUGUUAUAAUCAUUUUUCUAACCACACUGGUAUGUUAAUGUAAUAUCCAAAAUAAUGGAUAUAUUCACCGGCCUGGCCACUGCCCUAUUGCUGAAAUGUUUUCUCAAUACAGAAAGCAGAUGAAAAUCAUGGAUAAGAUCCAAUCUGUUUUACAGUCUUUUAAACUGUAUGCAUAAUUAGAGUACAAAUAUAAUGUAUUUUAUAUUCAGUGCAGAAAAAAUUAGAAAAAACCUGUUCUAGUAAUAAUCUAAUGUCCCCCAAUUCCUAUGAAGUCGUCGUUUGUCUUUAUGGUCCCCAUAUUUGCAGGUUAUAAUGGUUUCAUGAGUUCAUACGGAUAAAAGAGAGGGCAGAUGAUUAAAAGACUACUCUGCCCUACAGUUAUAUUGUUAUAUUGCCAUGCAUUGAUGCAGAAACAUCUAAACUACAUUAUACAUGAUCCUGCACUUCUGUGUAUGUUUUUGUGCUUGUUUCAACUGCCCUCAUGCAUAGCCACUCUUUCUGCCAUUGCAUUCAUAAGGUGAUCACUUAUUUUUCUUCUUUGUCAUUCAAAUUAGACUGAACACUGUAACAUGUGAUGAAACCAGCCAAAAAAAAAACACCUAGCACAAUUAUACUAUACUAUGUGCAUUUGUAGUCACCACAAAACAACAUUUUGCAAAAUUCCCAAACUUCUCAGCUGAAGGGAAACGUUAUAGGGAUAUAGGGAUAUCUAGCCUUAUCAUACUUCUAAUAAUGGAGAGUAAACAGGCUGUUUUUGUUUCUUUGGCAAUGCCAAACAUUAGCCUAAACAUUUAAAUUGAAUGGCAGCAUCCCAAGGAAAUGGCUAAAUGAGGAUGUUGGGUUUUGUAGUUCGCAACAGUAUCAGGGGUGUGUGUGUGAACUCCCUGGUUCUCUACAGCAGAGUCUCUCCACAUGUGAGACAAAUCUGCCAGUGGCGCUGUUGCGUUUAUAUUGCGCAUGGAAAUGGGAUACAGAUGCUACGAAAAGAAUCUGCAUAAUAUUCUCACCAAGCUUUAAAGAAGGAGGGGCAGGGAAAGUACUCAGUCAUUGACUCCUUAAGCACCAAAAUGGUCUCCAGGCACAUUAUCCUGAAUUGAACACAUAAGGUGACUGAUCUGCACUAUUUAUACUAAGGCAUAAUGAACUAAAAUCUCUACUGUAUUGUAAUACUUUUUAAAGUAAUUGAAUACCUAAAGCUAGCAGCCACUUCAUCUGUUCUCUCUCAAAGAUCUGACUUCCAUAGCACAGAACUCUCCAAGAGUGGAAAAACUUAAGUAAAGGGAACAUGCUGAAACACAUAUCCCUAUCCAUAUCCCUACAUGCAAAAGCUAAGGUUACAGAAGCCAAUCAAAUAUAUGCUGUCAUCAUACAAACUAAUGUAGAUCAGUCAAAGCUAUGCUUACUGGUUACUGUUGUUUAUUGGAUGGGACAAUUUAGCCCACUGAUAACUAUUGCUGUCAAAGUCACUGUAUUCUCCACUCCAAAUUUUGUUAGUUUAAUUUCAACUCUUGCCUUCGUGACGCAUCCUCCUCUUUAUGGGGGCUUUAUUAUAUGUGCUGUUAACUUUGGGCAAAUACAUAAUUUGAUCAUAGGUUAUUGGUAAAAUAAUGGUUUAGUUCUUGUUACAUACUACCUUAUUUAAAAACAAUGAAGACCAAAUCUUUCUGGUAAAACAUGUUCAGUGCUUUAAAAUUUAGUGUUUAAACAUCACCCUCUUGAACACUAGUGGGGUUAUGUAAUAAAAGACACUAGAUUUGACCAGGAGGAGUAACCCAUAGCAACCAAUCAGCAGGUAGCAUUUACUGGGCACCUGUUUAAAAGCAAACAUCUUAUUGGAUCGUAUGGGUUAGUGCUUGUGGGCAAACUUUGUGAUUUUUAUUACAUAUGGGGGUAGAUGCCUAAAAUCCAUAUUUGGCGGAACUGUACCUUUAGGUUUUGGUCUCCUCUAUAAGUAUUCAUGUGUGCCAUGCAGAUAUAUUUGCUAACGUUGUGUUAUCAGGGUGAUAAUGAUGCAGCCCACACUUUAUAAUAAAUGUAUUUCAUAUUAUAAUUUGGUAUAAAGUCAAAUGUGGUCUACAAAUGGCUGGACUGGAUCUAAAUGCCCCCAAUGAUAUGGAGGUAGUUGACAACUCUGCUCCAUUAUACUUCUAGAUACAGGCCAUGUACAAUACUAAUGUUUGGCCCUUUUAAAUCUACUGCAAGCAAAAGUUAAUUUUCAACAUUUAUUAUCAGGUUAGCUGUUAUUUACAGAAAAAAAUAAAGAUUUAUGUGUUAUUUCAUGUCAUCAGGAAUAUAAUGAUCUUGUUCAUGUUUUGCCACACCAUCUCUUGCUUUUUUGCAAUAUAAAGAAGAAGGACGUCUUAAAAAUGUCAGGGCCAGGCCAGUAUCUCACAUAUAGCAAUGAGCUAGCUGAUGGCUGAGAAAUGCUGACUGCUUUGUAAAAAAAGAUAAGCUAAACCCUGGGUUAACUCCCAAGGUGCAAUGACCUGAGCUUAGUUUUAUGAAAAAAGUAUCUAAACAUAUCAUGUGUUGAAAGAUAUCCCACAAUUACAAGUGACUGUUUAAUUAAAAAGUGGUCCCAUCCAGGUCCAUCAGAUUUGAACAAAGCUGAUUAUUUCAGAUUUCUGGCCUAUUUAUAUCAUACCAUUGUGGCGAUGAAGAUGUUAAGUACUGACUUACACAGGAAGGGAUGAGGCGAAACACAUGUUGUCAAAUACUGACAAUCUGCAACCAAUUAAUGCAGUGUUACAGCUGUAAUGCCCCUUCUUGUGUGAGCUUGCUCUGCUUUUAUUGGAUUCUGUCCUGGAGUCACAACAAAAAGGGGGGAGAGGUUUAACCUAUUCUUCAUAUUUCUGCUUGAUGGCUAAUUUACCUUCCUGACCUUGACCUGCGUUAUGUAAUGAUAUAGGAGUGCUCUGCCUACAUUUAGAGAUGUCAACAAACUUCAGGUUAUCGUGGAGAUAACAGUCCAUAACAGUUUAAGACCUCCUUCCACUUUAUCCCAAGAUGGUAAAAGAGCACUAGGAACCCUGGGCUCAAUCACUAUUCAAAGUGGGGUUUGAAAUGAAGUCUGGGUAAUGUCUCAAAGUGUUUGAUUUAAUAUUUGUACUUAAAGUAAGAAAACUUGUCAAAUUCUAUUAAAUAUUUCUUGCAUUGUUUCCAUGGAGAAGGCAAUGGCCAGCCUGUUAGCAUUGCUGGGACAUUCUGAUCCAGCAAACACUUAUGUUUGCCAAACGUCCCUUUGUGAGAUGUCAACUAACCCCAUGUUGAUGAUGAUCCAGUCCUUUUUAGAAUCUAAUUCUCAUUUACUCUAAAUGAUAAUAUGAAAUAAAAUCUCAAAAAAUGCCUGGAGUGGAUAAUAAUUGCCCAAUCGAUAUGGGGAAAGUGACUUUUUAUGACAGGUAUGGUCUAUCAUGGUAAAUCCUGUCCACACCUAACCAUCUGAUUUUAUUGUUAAAUUCUCCAGGCCACAAGGUCCCAGUGAUUAGCCAUUAGCCAAUAAAUGUGGCAUCAUGUAAAGGAAGUUGCUUUGAAUGAUUCUACUAAAACUAACCUUCAUAUUAAUUAUACAUCUCAGGUAUGCAAGAGUGUACUUUUGAUUAAUUUUGGUGUUUUUUUUAAUGUAAGCAUAAUGUCCAUAUUGUAAUGUGCCCAAACAAAUAAAAGUGCUUUUGCUAGGCAUAAGGGAUAUUUAUGAUCUCAAGCAGCCAUUAGUUUGAGUCAAUACCCCCUAGCGGAUACAAAUCACCAGGAUUUGUAGUCAAUUAGGGUCUGGAGUAAUGUUGGCUGAAUAGGCAUGAUAUAUUUGAUGGAAAGUUAGUACAACAUUGGGUAAUUUCUGACGCAUUCAUUAAAUUGAUCUUGGCAUGCCCUCUCUGGGCCUGUUUCUAUAAGGCCCACAGCAUCAAGGCGUUUGGCACUCCUCCUGUUAACUUAAUUUACUGUUAAAUCUUCUGGGUCAAAAGUUCCCAGCUGUGAAUAGCGAAGGUAUUGUUAUUAUUGGUUUAUAUGAGCACAUCUAACCACAUAAUAUUACCCUUUGUUUAGGUCAGAAAGAUCAAACCUAUUUACUGUACAUUUUUUAAUAUUCAUUAAUAUUUUUUUUUUUUUUUAAACCAUUUGGCUUCAAAACUGCAGACCCCCCUUCUUUUUUCCUAUCUAUAUCCACUUUCUGAACUAUCUGGCCUUCACAUGUCUACCCCCUUUGUCAUCUGCCAUGUUUCUGCCACUCUCCUGACUAACCCUAGUGAUAAGAAGGUGUCAGUGCAAAGUAACCAAAUGCACCCCCCCACCCUUGCGUUAUUUAUACUGAGCCGCAAAUUUGUCAGAUUCUUGGGAAAGUGUGGCUGACGUUGAUGCCUCCUCCCAGAGCUAAGAGUUUCUGGAUCUUUUAAGGCCAACUUAUCUGUCCCGCAGGAGAUAAGAGACUUGCCAUUGAAAUGGCUGACUGAUACAUUAGCGGGUAUCAGCAACUUUGGAAUCCUAAUCCAGCCGGUCCCUACUGCUCUGCUCAAGGACUUAAAUCCCUAAAAUCAUCUGUUAUGUAGCCUAGUAUAAUUAUACACUUUGAACACAAUGGUUUGUUUACAGAAGAUGAUACUUAAACUAAUCCUCUCCAAUAUAUAUAUAUAUAUAUAUAUAUAUGUCCUUGUGUGCUCUGAACCAUUACUCCCAUGAAAUCUGUUGAAAAUAAUUGUAUCUACUGAAUCCAGUAUUUAGUUAAGGAUUUACAGAUUCAGAUGGAAUUCACAACCUUGGUGUUGUGUGGCUUUAAAUGGUUUAUAAGGAAAUCCAAGUGUGCAUUGUAUACUAGUUAAGGGCUGAUACAGGUCAGGAUCAAGCUAUGUGUGCCUUUUUCCCUGGGACCACCCCUUGGGUGUUGCUCCCAGUGGCCUCAAAGCAGAUUCUUAUUUUUGAAUUCCUGGCUUGGAGGCAAGAUUUGGUUGCAUAAAACCAGGUGCAAUGCCAAAGAGAACCCUGUAUACACUGCCAGUCCACUCAGGGCUACCAAAUAACCAAUCAUAGCUCGUUUGGCACCAAUGGAAAUUUUUUUUCAUGCUUGUGUUGCUCCAGAACAGUUUUUCUAUUUGAAUGUGGCUUGUGCAUAUAAAAGGUUGGGGACCCCUACUCUGUCAUUGGGAAGUGGGCAUGCUUGGAGUCAUGGUUAAUUAACAACUGGAAAUCUUGUAUUUGUUUUUCCCCCUCAUGUUAACGACCAAUAGGGUCAUUUAUUAUGUCCUUUAAACUGCACCUUGAACAAUUGCUGUGAACUCAAAAACAGACUGCUGAGACCUGCAUUGCCCACAGCACUGCCUUGUACUUGCAUCUUGGGUAUAAAUGACCCAUUUGGGCUUUCCUGUGUUCCCUGGGGCUACCAUACUCUUCAACCCUGAGAAUAUUUAGAAGGCCCAAAUUCAAAUUGGCCAUAUUGCUUUGGAACAAGAUAGCCAUACAACAUACCUUUAUCAAUACUUGUGCCUUAGUUUUUCUGCAUCUGACGUCUAGUUUGUCCUAUUAUUUUUUUAUUUGUGAAAAGGUCAAAUGAAUAAUAGGGUGUGAUAAUGCUGUAAAUAUAAAGAAAGAAUGUCAAGCCUGCAGCCCUCCAGCCACAAGUUCCAACUUGGAUUCCCGGCAUCCACUGGCCUGUGAGUUACAGUUUAAAAAUCCCUGAAGGGUUGUGGCCAACAGCUAUUGUUCCCUUCUCUCUUUCUGGGUUUGUUUUCUCUCCUAAUAUAAUGUCUCACUUGUUUUAUUGGCAUUAUUGUAUUUGUAAUGUAUGAAUAUAUAUUGUAAAUACAGCAGUAUGAUUGUCAUCUACCGACUAUAUAUUUUUUUAACAAAC